GAGGCGACGCGCAGAGACAGAGGAGCCGGGCAGGGAGUCAGCGGCGGCGGUAGCAGCAGCAGCAGCGGCGGCGGUGGUAGCGACGGAGAGGGCAGCCAGGGCAGCCAGGGCAGGCAGGACGGCGAAGAGCAGCGAGGGGCAGAGAGGGGCGAGAGGGCAGGUGGGAGAGAGAGAAAGAGACUGAGCCGCGCGCACUGAACGCGGCUCCGAUCGGCGCAGGCAGCGAGUCGGCCACGUGCUCGGGGCAACAACUGACACGGAGAGACGUAGAGAGAGACACAGAUAGAGACACAGAGAGAGAGAGAGACACAGAUAGAGACAGAGAGAGAGAGAGACACAGAUAGAGACACAGAGAGAGAGAGAGAGACACAGAGAGAGAGACACACAGAUAGAGACAGAGAGAGACAGAGACACACACAGACACAGAUAGAGAUAGACCGAGCGAGAGACGUAGAGACUCGUGAUGAUACGUUGAGGUACAGAGGCACGCAGAGACACUGAGAUCUACACGAAUAGAGAUUGUGUGGCGUACAGAGAGGUGAAGAUAUAUAGACAUUGAUAGUGAGAUACAUGCACUCUGAUUCACUAGGACACUGGGUACAUUGAGAUCGACGAAGACGCAUACACGGACACUGGACCUUUGAGAUCUCGAGCUUUAUAGACGGCGAGACACAGAGAGUGACCGAGUAACACGGACACCUAAGACGGGCAGACCACAAUACAGAGAGACACCCUGAGAGAGACAGACGGAGACCCUGGGACACAACGACGACACAGAGAGACACCCUGAGAGAGACAGACGGAGACCCUGGGACACAACGACGACACAGAGAGACACCCUGAGAGAGACAGACGCUUGGGGCACAUUCGGACACCAAACGAAAGAGAUUUAAACAGCGACACCACCACCAUCACCACCACUACCACCACACACUCAGACACCACUACCACACACUCGGACAGGCACCACCACUACCACCACCACCACCGUAGAGCUGCAGAGACAAGGCGCCAGGGCGAGACGGACCCCCUGAGACGCAACAACAACAACGAUAACGACGAGUCUGUCGGGCGGGCGGGCAGAGGGACUCUGACAGGUGUGGGGGCCUAGGCCACUCCUCGUAGCGGGCAGGCGGCAGCAGCAGCAGCAGGGACGGCAAUUAAACAAACAACAACAACGACGACGCCGGUGGUUGUGGUGGUGGGAGACGCGGGGAGCAGCAGGUGGGAGGCGCACGGAGAGAGGGGACAGAGCGGCGGCAGCAGGAGAGACAAAGAGGGGCGAGUGCCGUGCUGGGAGCUCUCGGUGUGCAGGCAGGAGCAGGAGGGGGGCUGCAGGCCAUGCUCAGCAUGCAGAAGGACACCACCUUCACCAAGAUCUUCGUGGGCGGGCUGCCCUACCACACCACGGACGCGUCCCUGCGCGCCUUCUUCGAGGCGUUCGGGGACAUCGACGAGGCCGUGGUCAUCACGGACCGGCAGUCGGGAAAGUCCCGGGGAUACGGAUUCGUAACCAUGGCAGACAGGGCGUCGGCAGAGCGCGCGUGUAAAGACCCCAACCCCAUCAUCGACGGACGCAAAGCCAACGUGAACCUGGCCUACAUCGGGGCCAAGCCCAGGGUCAUCCAGCCAGGCUUUGCGUUUGGUGUUCAGCAAAUUCAGCCGACGUUUAUUCAAAGACCGUAUGGGAUCCCGGCGCAGUACGUCUACCCGCAGGCGCUCAUGCAGCCGGGCAGCCUGCUGCUGCAGGGCCCCAGCCACGCGACCGCCGUCUCGCCGUACCUCGCCGACUACGCGGCGGCGCACGCGGCCGGCGGCGGCGCCGCCGCGUACGUGCAGUACGCCAACGCCUACGAGCAGUACGCUUACCCGGCGGCGGCGGCCGCAGCCGCAGCCGCGGCGGCGGCCUCCGGCUACGUGACGCCGCCCGGCUACGGCUACGCGCACCACUCCGGCAUGGCCGGCGCCGCCAGCCCCCCGGCCGCGCCGCACACGCCCGCCAUCGCGCCCUUCGCGCACUUCCAGCCGCCGCCCCUGCAUGCCGACCGGCUGCAGUGACGGAAAUCUUUCUCGUCGUUGCCCAUCUUCGCUCGCCUGCCCCGCUCCGCGCCGCUCGCCCGCCCGUUCGCUCUUCCCCCCCCGCCCCAUCGAAAGCCGUUAUGGCGCCACCCUUAGCACCGCAGCCAGAGCUGUCUGACUGCAGCCUCUCAGACGGCCGUGGUGGCAAUCUGAGCUGUGGGAGCCGCCCCAGGGUCACGCUAAGCUUAGUCCCGUGCAACUACGGCGUCUUCGGCUCGCACGAAGACGCCGUAGUCGAUGUGAGGUGGCGUAUCCCGUGCUCCCCAUUGUGGCAACACAUGUAGUUGCUGUUCAUCAAUCGGUGUAUUUUUUGCACAAGUUGAUGGAAUUCUGUGUCAGGUGGGGGAAGGGCCUAAAGUGAGCCUGACCUACUUUUUUGAGUAGUUAUUUGAUUAAUUUCCACCAAUUUAUCUGCCAGCAAAGUAAUACGGUAUAGACACAUAUAUAUUUGCCAUUUACACUGUAGUGUAUUGAAUACGGGUAGCAUGAACUAGCUUAGCCCUUCUGUAAAAUGGAUUAAUUUUGAAUUUUGUGGCCCUCUAAGGGUUAUUAGCCUCGGCUGCUUAAAUGGAAGAAAAGGGAAAAAUACAAAAAAAGGAUAGUCUGUGUCUAAAUAUUUAAAACAAAAAAAAUCGCAAAUGAUGAACAUAUACGUUAAUUCCUGCUGCUUAGAAUAUUUACCAAAGCUUGGCUUUAUUUGUUGGCUUUCUUUUUACUAUAUUUGUCUAAAAAAAACAAUAUCAAGGGGAUGGCAAUGUCUAUUUUACAAUACACUGGAAGACAACGUUAAGUGUUACCCGUCGUCAUCAUCGUCGCUCACACUACAUUCGUGAACCGGCACGCUCAACGUUCCCUGCUCCCGGCCCGCCCCGUGUGUUUUCUAAUGGUUCUCUGAAGAGGGCAGAGUUUUCUGUCCACUGUGCCUUACCGCGUGCAUCGUCCGUCGGGGUUAUUUAUUUGUCAGCAGUUACAUUCACGGAACGAACAAUGCGUCUGCCGGCUACGCAGAGCGCUGGGGGAGAGAGAGUCUCGAUUGUCGGUUGCCGUGCGCGAAAUUUAAGCUCUCGGAGCACAAUAUUUGAAGCAAAAAGGUUCUUUAUUAAUACUAUGCUUAUCAUUAAUGUUAUUGUUUUUAAUACCAUUAUUUCACACAAAGCUACAUUUAUAAAUGCCAUUCAUUGCUAGAUUAUUUUAGCGCUGAAUACACUGAUGAUAAUCCUUUCUAUCUUAUUCUCUAGUUUUUAGAAAGAAAACAUUUACAAAGUAAGAACGUUGUCUUUUUGUUAUUUUUUUUCUGUAGUCUAUUUACCGGUGUACACAUGCAAUUUAAAAAAAAAUAACUGGAAUCGUCUUUUCAUAAUUUAAAAUGUGACGGGACAUAUUUCUAAUUUCAAAUAAUUGUCACCAAAGCCUAUAGUUAAACUUCUGAAGCUGUUUACAGUUUUGCUCUGUAUAUACAUGUGUCGUGACUACUGCGUUUAAAAAAAAAAUGUAACUCAAAUGAAUUGGUGAUGUGAUUGCUCGAGUCUCUUGGUGCAGUAACGAUCUGGCCUGUCGCAAGUCCACGGGAGCACUAACCGCAGUUUUAAACUAAAAGGAAAAAAAAACGAGAAAUGUUGGUUUAUUUUUUAAAGAGUAAUUGCAGACAAUUUUUCUUUCUUCAAAAUAUUUAAUUCGCAACCUGAAAUGACCAUGUUCUGCUUUGUACCCUUCCGAUGACGACAAGAGUGGUGGUAUAGAUUUCCGUUGUACCAUACAGCACCGGCAUCGGUGGAGUUUGCUGGCAGCACUGGGGGGUGACGCGAGUGUCUGCCCGGAUGAUUCUAUUUUUCCCGGUACUGGCUGGCCGUCGCCGCGUGUCUGGUCGUGGCACCCCUCCCGCCGCCACUCCAAGAUGUCCUUGCCGACUUGUGACUCGCUGGUUGCAGGCGGUUCAAGCGCUUGAUUGUUAAUUCCUGUUGUGUACGUUGAUAAGCACAACGGGGGGAAACAAUGGUGGGCUGCCUGGAGCGUACGAAGAUGUGUUCAUCAAAUUGUGAUGGAAUGUGUAACAAAUAAUCAGGUAUGACAGUAUUAUACUGUUUUAUUAUUGUUUAUGAUGGCAUUUUUUUUCAAACCACUGCAAUACACUUCAGGAGGGUCAUUGUAUACUAUAAACAUGAUAUAUAUUAAAUUAUAAUGAACAUGCUAUAA